AGGCUGGGGAGGAACAGGUGUGGGUGGCGCCCUGGGAGUCCUCGCGUGGGCGGCAGCAUCCCUCGCGCGCCGUGCGCGUGCAACCUCGGAUGGAGACCCUCCCCUCCCCCCACCAGCCCCCUUUCUCGGCGGCUGCGCCCGCGCCAACGCGGAACCAGUUUUCUCGUGGGAAAAUCUGACCUGGAGGUUGUUCCACAAGAACACGCCGCGGGCAAGUCUGAGCGUGGGGUCGUGCCUUGGGGGUGCCGGCUGCACAGCUAGAAGCCCCGAAGCGCUGAGCAGAGACUAGGAGCCUACCUGAUUGAGUUCCGGGAUCCAGCGGUGGUGUUUCUGUACAGUCAUGACUCAGGAGAGGACGUUGGUGACAAAGGGCACAAAAAUCCUGUUAGGGGCUGGAGAGAUGGUUCAGCGAUUAAAAGCCCAUGCUGCUUUGGCAGAAGACAAGUCCAGUUCCAAGUACCCAUGCUCCAGAACUCUGUGGCUCCUCAAGCUAUUGCUCAUGAUCCUGGGACUUGCCGUUGUUCUGUUUAUGUUCCGAAGUGUGCCCCUGCAAGCAGUGUUCAGCACAUUCGAGCCACAGAUCCCGAAGGCUGUGCCGGGUGGCCAGGUGCUGAAGCUUCUACCUGAGAAGCACCUGAGGAACCUCUUUACCUACGAUGGCAUCUGGCUCUUCCCCAAAAAUCAGUGUGACUGUGAUUCCGGCCAGCUGAAAAGAAAAUACAAUUUUCAGGGUGCCUAUAACCAGAACGACCUCCCAGCUGUGAAUGCCAGGAGACAGGCGGAAUUUGAACACUUUCAGAGGAGAAAAGGGCUGCCCCGCCCACCGCCUCUGCUGGCGCCACCCAAUCUCCCCUUUGGGUACCCAGUGCAUGGAGUGGAGGUGAUGCCCCUGCACACAGUUCUCAUCCCAGGCCUCCAGUAUGAAGGGCCAGAAGCCCCGGUCUAUGAGGUCACCCUGAGAGCUUCUCUGGGGACACUAAACACCCUUGCUGACGUCCCAAACAGUGUGGUGCAGGGUAGAGGCCAGAAGCAGCUGACCAUUUCCACCGGUGACCGGACACUCCUGAAAUUCAUCCUUCAGCAUGUGACGUACACCAGCACGGUGUACCAGCUCCGCAAGGUGGACAUGGUGAGUUUCGAGUCCAAGUCCUCAGUGGCCAGGUUUCCAGUGACCAUCAACCAACCGAUUGUACCCAAGUUGUAUGACCCUGGACCAGAGAGGAAGCUCAGGAACCUGGUGACCAUUGCCACCAAGACUUUCCUCCGUCCCCACAAGCUUAAGACCCUGCUGCAGAGUAUCCGAAAAUAUUACCCAGACUUAACUGUGAUUGUGGCUGAUGACAGCAAGGAGCCCCUGAAGAUUCAGGAUGACUACGUGGAGUAUUACUCCAUGCCAUUCGGGAAGGGCUGGUUUGCUGGUAGGAACCUGGCCAUCUCACAGGUGACCACUAAAUAUGUCCUCUGGGUGGAUGACGACUUUCUCUUCGACAGCAAGACCAAGAUUGAGGUACUGGUGGAUGUCCUGGAGAAAACUGAACUGGAUGUGGUGGGCGGCAGUGUGCAGGGAAACGCGUUCCAGUUCAGGCUGUUGUUGGAGCAGAGUGAGAAUGGGGACUGUCUUCACCAGAGGCAGGGGGAUUUCCAUGCCCUUGAUGGCUUCCCCAAAUGCGUGGUGACCAGCGGCGUUGUAAACUUCUUCUUGGCUCACACGGAACAACUCCGAAGAGUUGGUUUUGAUCCCCGUCUGCAACGAGUGGCUCACUCAGAGUUCUUCAUUGAUGGGCUGGGGAGCCUGUUGGUGGGCUCGUGCCCAGAGGUGACUGUACAGCAUCAGUCACGGUCACGGGACAAGGAUCCAGAGAUGGCGGCCAUGGAAGAGUCUUACAGCAAAUACCGGGCCAACACCAACGCACAGGUCCAAUUCAAGCUCGCUCUCCACUACUUCAAGAACCAUCUUCAGUGUUCCACUUAAAGACGCAAGGAACCGGAUAUUUAAUAAACAAAACAGAUUGGCUGUGGGCAACAAAAAUUGUAGGACUGGCCCGUAAGGACAUCAAAGAGAGCUGGAGUGAGGAGAUAUGGAUAGCUCAGUCAUUCAGUUCAGAGGCAUUAGAAAUGGGUUGUCCCUGGUCAGGGCAGGGGAGAUGACCUAACGGUUAAUGAGCACGGGAUGCCCUCCCAUGCAUGAAGUGCCUGCACAGAGAACCACCCACUUCACUCAUCUGAGCCUCGUGAUGAGGGAGAUGUUGAUUGGUACCCCCCAUCAAGGGAUGCUAGAGGCAUCAGGAUGGCUCAGUGGGUGGAGUACUUGCUGCCGAGACCGACAACCUGAGUUUGAUUCCUUGAGACCCACAUGGCGGAAGGGGAGAAAUGACUCUGACAUAAUUGUCCACUGACCUCCAUGGUCAUGUGACCCACCCCCUUCCCACAUACCAUAAAUAAAUGUAAAAAUAAAAGUGGAUAACAGCAUA